CACUUUCUGAGCAUCCAGUCAUCUUACAGAUUGUCUGAAAGUAACAGACUGAGAUGGGUGCUUUCAUGAAGCUCUUGCUCUUGGCAGUUUGUGCUAUCUGGGUUUUGCCAGGCCUGGCAAUGGCAGGCAUUACCAGGCACUACAAGUUUAAUAUCGUGAUGCAAAAUGUUACAAGAUUGUGCCAAACGAAGAGCAUCGUAACUGUCAAUGGCCAAUUUCCAGGGCCUCGAAUCGUAGCAAGGGAGGGUGAUCGUCUCUUAAUCAAGGUUGUCAACAAAGUCAAGCACAAUGUCACUCUUCACUGGCAUGGCGUUCGGCAACUAAGAAGUGGAUGGGCAGAUGGACCCGCCUAUAUCACACAGUGCCCAAUUCAAACAGGCCAAUCCUAUGUAUACAACUUCAGCAUUACUGGCCAAAGAGGAACCUUGUUUUGGCAUGCCCACAUCUCCUGGCUUAGAGCAACUUUGUAUGGACCAAUUGUUAUUCUUCCCAAGAAACAUGUUCCUUAUCCUUUUCCCCAGCCCUUUAAAGAAAUUCCCAUCGUUUUCGGAGAAUGGUGGAAAGCGGACACUGAGAAAAUUAUCAGCCAAGCCUUGCAAUCUGGAGGAACACCAAAUAUUUCUGAUGCUUUUACCAUUAAUGGUCUCCCUGGACCUUCUUACAACUGCUCAGCUAAAGACACAUUCAAGCUGAAGGUGAAGCCUGGAAAAACAUACCUCCUCCGCAUGGUUAAUGCAGCACUCAACGAUGAGCUUUUCUUCAGCAUCGCCAACCACUCUUUAACGGUGGUGGAAACUGAUGCAGUGUACGUGAAACCCAUAAAAACUAACGUCGUACUCAUCACUCCUGGACAAACCACCAAUGUCCUUCUCAAAGCCAAAUCCAAGGUGCCUACUGCAAUUUUUGCCAUCGCUGCAAGGCCUUAUGCCACUGGCCCAGCUACCUUCGACAACACAACAACAAUUGGAAUUCUUGAAUACGAACAGCCUUCUUCCUCUAAAAUCAAAAACAGGAAAUUCCCUCUCCUCAAACCUGUACUUCCAAGGUUUAAUGACACAAAAUUUUCCAUGAAAUUUAGCAGUAAAAUCCGUAGCUUGGCCUCUGCCAAAUUCCCUGCUAAUGUCCCCAAGAAAGUGAACAGACGCUUCUUCUUCACUGUGGGGUUAGGAUUGAGCCAGUGUCUAAAGAACCAAACUUGCCAGGGACCAAAUAAUACAAGGCUAGCAGCUUCAAUCAACAAUGUGUCCUUCGUGCAGCCAAAUAUUGCUUUACUUCAAGCUCACUUCUUUAAGAAAUCGAAAGGCGUAUACACAACAGAUUUUCCCACCAACCCACCAUUCAAAUUCAACUACACGGGGACACCACCGAAAAACCUGUUGGUAAACAGCGGCACAAAAGUUGUAGUCCUGCCUUUUAAAACGAACGUCGAGCUAGUUAUGCAGGACACCAGCAUCUUUGGCGCAGAGAGCCACCCUCUUCACCUUCAUGGCUUUAACUUCUUUGUGGUUGGUCAAGGCAUUGGCAACUUCAACCCCAAAAAAGACCGUGCCAAGUUCAACCUGGUUGACCCUGCUGAGAGGAACACUGUGGGCGUCCCAUCUGGUGGGUGGGUUGCCAUUCGUUUUCUUGCAGAUAAUCCAGGGGUUUGGUUUAUGCAUUGCCAUCUGGAAGUACACACCAGUUGGGGCUUGAAGAUGGCGUGGAUUGUGAAGGAUGGAAAGAGGCCAAGGCAGAAACUUCCACCUCCACCGUCUGAUCUGCCAAAAUGUUGAACUUGAAUUUGAAAAAAAAAUUUUGAAUUUUAUGAUUAUGUUGCCCUGUCCCCUAAAGGAGGCGGGUGGGGAUUUUGGUUAGGGAUUUACCUAUCACGUUUGUAAUAGCCAAUUAUUAAUUCAAUCAAACAAAAGCUUCGAGA